CACCAAGUAAAUUCUGGUCUAUGAAGAUGAAACGCUCGUUUUAUUUUAUAUGAGCCAUAUUUUACAAUAAAAAAGGCCUGACAAAAAAUUUAGUAGGAAGCAGAUAACAAAGUAUAACACUGUCACAAAAGUUAACACAGCAAGCCAGGCUUCCCGCGCACCACCCGCGGGUCGGCCUCGUGGCCCCUGCCGAGGACCCGGAGGCCGCCGGGCAGUCUCCACGCCAACUCCUGAGCCCGGCCUCGAGGAGCCACCCAUCCCCGAGGCCUUCAGGACACGCCGGGCACCGAGGGCGAGGGGUCCGACAGGGAGCUGACACACUUCCGGUCAUGGGCAUUGCGUCACGGGUACCGGGCCAGACGCGGCCAAUCCGGCCCUCCCGGCCGCAAGGGCCCAGCCAAUGGGGCGGCGGCCCAGCCAAGCCCCCCCGUGGCCCCCCCCGCCGGCCCCCACAGAGCCCCUCGGGGCCGCGCGAUGGGUCCAGGCGGAGGCGACGGGCGCGGGGCCGCAGAGGCCGCUCCGCUGCCGUUCGUGCGCGUCGCCCCCGCACUCUUCCUCGGGAGCGCGCGCGCCGCGGCUGCCACGGAGCAGCUGACGCAUGCGGGCGUCACUCUGUGCGUCAACGUCUCCCGCCAACAGCCCAGCCCGCGCGCGCCCGGUGUGGCCGAGCUGCGCGUGCCCGUGUUCGACGACCCGGCAGAGGACCUGUUAGCGCACUUGGAGCCCACCUGUGCCGCCAUGGAGGCCGCCGUGCGUGCCGGCGGCGCCUGCCUCGUCUACUGCAAGAACGGCCGCAGCCGCUCCGCCGCCGUCUGCACCGCCUACCUCAUGCGGCACCGCGGCCUCAGUCUGGAGCGCGCUUUUCAGACCGUGAAGAACGCCCGUCCGGUAGCCGAACCCAACCCGGGUUUCUGGUCUCAACUCCAGAAGUACGAGCAGACCCUGCAGGCCCAGGCGCGGCUGCCCCGGCAGCCAGCCGACCCCAGCAGCGGCCACCCACGACCCCAGUGAACUGCCCCGUUCCGCCUCGGCCUUGCCACAGUCCUUAUAGCGGCGCUGCAGGCCUGCAGCUGCGCGUGCAGGGACAUCUGCCCCUCCGUCCUCCCCGCCGCGCUGAGACUCCGCUUCGCCCCCAAGCAGCAGCGCAGCUUGGCAGGGUCUCUUCCCCCUCCGGGUGGCCGUGCGGCGAUGUGUCCACCUAGGCUGUCCUUGCCUAGACAGUUUACUCGGCAGGCUUUGGUCAGAUACACCACGGGAGAGAAAGUUCGCGCGGAGAGUGAAAGCUGGGCGAGCCGAGGACAGGACUGCGGACAGCCGCCGCAGCCGCCCAGACCUCACCCUAGACCCCUUCCCAGAACUGAGCAAGGGACUGAAGCUGCUGCAGUCGGGCAGCAGGUGUCCGUUCCCAUCUCCCUUUCAACAACAUGGUGCCCGACCUGGCAUCACACAGCUACCCAUCAUGCCAGCCAUGUCUUGUGGCCUUUAGACUCCUAGAAAAUUAGUCACCAUCCACACCCCUGGAAUAAGACAGUGGGAAAAGAGCAAAGGAAAGUGUGGGUGAUGCGCAUGAAUUACAGUAAUGUAGUCAUGGGGUAAUAUUCAGAAUAUAUUUAAAGCAAUGAAUAAAGCACUGUGGUCGGUAUUUGUCAUUUCCCACCA